UUCUGGCAACAUUGCUGUAUUUAUGCCAGCCAGAAACAGGGUUUCGAUUUUUGUAAUUUAUUGUGAAAAUUAACUAAAUUUACAAACUGCUGUGAUUAUAUCGUUGGUUCUGAGACUGUAACUUGUGCUUGUAUUAAUAAAUUGCAACGUUUGGUGAUAACACGAAGGAUAAAACGUGAAGACAUAUUGAUAAAGACUUGCACUAUCGUUCAUGUCAGAUGCAUUCAAAUGAUAGUUAGCAGUCGAGGAGAUCACUAGUCUUCUCGCUGCUCUGGAGUCACUGGUGUUCCUUAUAACAAAUCAAUAUACACCGUGUGAGAGAUAUAAGAAACCAUGAACGGUUAACGAGCCCUCUUCAGGAAAAUAUUCUAGUCUAAUACUUCCAUUUAUACAGUUUGUUGCUCAGCAUAAGAGCAGUUUUCCCUUUAUAGUGUACAAAGCCUUUGAAAAUGUUCAGUGAAUCAUAUGAAAGAAGAUUGCUGCAGCAGUGCAGUCCAGUGAGCCGCAAACAGUCUGUGCUGGUCCGACCAGAACCCAUGGAUAGAUUUAUCCCAUGCAGAUUAGAAAACAAUUGGCAGACUAGUUUUCAAGCUAUUCGACGUGGCACAGAAAACCAACCAGCAAAGAAACCACGAAGCGACGGAAGCAAUGACGGCGCGGGAGGGGGUCGAGACCACCUGGCAUACGGUUGUCUCCUGCGUAAUGAACUCCUCGGCGCUCAGAUUGAAGAACUCAGAGGCCCUCCUACAAACUGUGCGGAGGGCAACAGAGCUGCGCUAGGCGCUGUGCAGUUAGCAUCAGCCGCGAGAGCUGCUUUGGCAUACUCUCCGCCUGUUUUUAGGUUUCGAGCACCGAUACAUAGCGCUGAGGAGAAUAUAGACCCUUCGCCGUACAGUCUUUCACCAGUGUCAGCGAAGUCACAAAAGCUUUUGCGGUCACCGCGCAAAGCUACACGAAAGAUUUCAAGGAUUCCCUUUAAGGUGUUAGACGCACCCGAGUUGCAAGACGAUUUCUACCUCAACCUGGUAGACUGGUCCGCACAGAAUGUACUCAGCGUGGGUCUGGGAAGCUGUGUCUACUUGUGGAGCGCAUGUACCAGCCAAGUGACACGGCUAUGUGACCUAUCAUCAGAAGGGAACGCGGUGACAUCUGUAGCGUGGAGCGAGCGGGGUCAUCUAGUAGCUGUCGGGACUCAGAAGGGACACAUCAGCGUAUGGGACGUCGCUGUUAACAAAGAGGUGACGAAACUACAAGGGCACAUAGCCCGCGUCGGCGCUCUGGCUUGGAACGGCGACAUACUAAGUUCCGGCUCACGGGACCGGCACAUACGGCAACGCGAUACUAGGACACCAGCCAUACAAUCAUCACGAAUUCUCCAAGGGCACAGACAGGAAGUAUGCGGACUGAAGUGGUCGCCCGACGGACAGUCGCUCGCGUCGGGAGGCAACGACAACAAACUCUUCGUGUGGUCUAUGCACUCGACAUCCCCGGUGCAGACGUACUCAGCACACGUGGCCGCUGUGAAGGCGAUCGCGUGGUCGCCGCACCAGCACGGCUUGCUCGCGUCGGGCGGCGGCACGGCCGACCGGUGCAUCCGCUUCUGGAACACGCUCACGUCGCAGCCCAUGCAGUGCGUCGACACCGGAUCGCAAGUAUGCAACCUGGCAUGGUCAAAACACUCCAGUGAGCUCGUGUCUACGCAUGGCUAUUCACAGAACCAGAUCCUAGUUUGGAAAUAUCCUUCGCUUACACAAGUGGCAAAAUUAACGGGGCAUUCGUACAGAGUCCUGUAUCUGGCUUUAUCACCAGACGGCGAGGCGAUAGUGACAGGCGCGGGCGACGAAACGCUUAGAUUUUGGAACGUAUUCUCCAAAACUCCUUCACACAAGGAGAACAAAAGCGUUUUGAGUCUCUACACGGCUUUGAGAUAAAAAGUGUACCUAAACUAGUGAAUAUGACAAUAUUAGAUGGUGAUAUCUUUAUUACUCUAAUUUGUUCAGUGUUGCCAUCAUAAAAUAUAUAGACUGUGGUAAUUUUUUUCUCGUGAUCGAGUAGUCUCAUGUGCUUACUAAUAUUUGGUAUAUUUAGUUUGGUGGAGAUUGCCGUGUACAUAACAUCAUGGGACUCAUAGAUAUAUUUAUUAUUUCCUUCGGGAAUAGUUUUUUUUUUGUUUAUAUAUUAUGAAAUUUGUUGAUAAAAAAAUAUUUUAGUUAAGGCCCGUUUACAUUUGGCCAUCCACCGCUUAUUUAGAGUUUUUCAGCUAGCAACUAAUUUUAUUUACGUAACAAUUGUCGCUCCUAUUUUUUUGCCCUCUUUUGUGACUUCAGACAGAAUGGCUGCUUAAUUUUUUGCUACAUGUUAUAUCCCUCUUUGAAAUCUACAAGCUUUUUUAAGACUUUCAAAUGCCAUAGUGUAAAUGGGACCUUAAAAAUAAACUAUCAAGAGUAGUACAUAUACAUUAUUCUUUAAAAAGUUAUAAAGAUUUCUUUAUUAAAAAAAUAUAUAAUAUGCUGUAAGUCGAAACAAGCUGGCUUAAUUUGCUUUUUUGCUUUGAUAACUUGAUAAUUUUAUCAUUCCUACAGCAUUUUAUAUGAUACAUUAUACACAUAUAUAAAAUAUACUGUUCGUGAUACAUAUAGUCCAAUAUGUUCACUUACAUAAUUAUGUUAAAUCAUAUUUUUAUAUUAAUGUACAUUUGUUUGAUUAUGUAAUAUUAUACAUUAUGUAUAUUUAUUUCAUAGACAUUUAUCACUAACUAUGUUUGCAUUAAUAUAUUUUUGGCUUUAUAUACAACUUCGGAAAAGAUAUCUUUUAGAGUAGUCAUAAUUCUAACUAAUUUUUAUUUUUAGUAAUACCUAAUAGCUAAUUGGUUUUUGCGUCAUAUUUCAUUAAAAUAAUAUAAAUGUAAACAUAGUGGUGUGGUAGUUUUGUAAAUUACGUUGUUGGUAACAUUUUCUUUAUAUUAUUAGCUGUUCCUACACUUGUAAUAUUGAAAACAUAAAGUUGAAUUGAGAACCUACCUUACCUUUUUUAAGUCGGUUGAAAAGACUAAGCUUAUUUUCAUGUUAAAAAUGAGUUCUCACGCGCCAUUUUAACUUUACAUGUCAAAUGUCAUGUCAAAAGUACGAUUUUAGGCCUUAUUUUAAAGGUGAACCGUACUUUUUUAUACGUAUUUUGUACGGACAAUAUCUUGAUUGAUAUUGCAAGUGUAAGAGUAUUCUUCUAUACUAAAAUUUUGUGUACUUAUUUAUGUAAAUAUACUUUUGACUAGAUAUUUACUAUGAAUUUUCGAUUAUGACAUAUUAGCCGUGUAUGAUUUUGAUAAUAUGUUUUCUUUGAUAACCACUUAAAUUUGAUGAAAUAUAACUUAACGUAUAGUCGCGGAAAAAUACUGAUGACCUCAUAACAAAAAACUACAAAAUGUCAAAUAUGUCUCAUUCUGCACGAUAUUAAUCGAUUUUCUGAGAUAAUCGAUUCUAUGCAUUUCCAAUUUCCUUGCCCGCUUAGAAGUUUUCAGUAGUAAUAGUAGGUUUAUAGUGAUUUUAUGUAUUAGUUUCUAUCAUCGGCAUUUAUUAAUUGUAGUCAAUAGAUGCGCUCAAAAGCAAAGAGGUCGGAAUGUUUUGCAACAUUAGUUAUAGUUUUAGUUUUAUAAUCAUAUAUUAGAGGUGCCUCUUUAUGAUUUAUGAUCUCAUAAACAACUAUGAUCUAUAAAAUUAUGGCAACAUUACGUAGUAUUUAUUCAGUUUAGACUCUUUUCUUUUGUUGUAUUAUUUAUUUCUUUUAUUUAUUUAGUGAAAAAAGUGCUGAAAAUUCUUUCGGUGAGUAAAAUUAUAGUUGUACGAUUUAUGAACUACGAUUAAGUUUUUUUUUUUUGCUUGACUCACGACUGAUUUCUUACUUUGCGCUGUCUCUUUCUAUCUUCGGUUGUGUGAAAGAGAAAACUAUACCACCGUGAAAUCCUUGUGUGUCAAGCGAAAGGUUUUGAGGUACCCUCUUAAUAUAUUAUUUGUGUUUAAAUGUAUACCCUUUACAUUUCCUAUUAGAUAAAUAACAAGUUUGAAUUGGAUUUGUGCAAUUUAGGUUAUUUUUGUUUGUUUGGGUGUUUUCUUUUUCUGUCUGUUUAAAGCUGAUUUAAGGAUACUUAUGAUAUAUACGAUCAAACGUAGCAGUGCAUAGUAUAGUCGCCUCCCUAGGACAAGGUUCAGUGAAAAUGAGAGCUAUCGCUUUAUCCUGCAUGUUCGAACAUUUACCAACUCCAAUCGUUGUACCCUAUCAGCGAACAAAAGUUACUCUAACGCUCUCUCUGUUACGUAAUCCCAUACAAAUGAUAAAGACGGUAAACUCAGUGGGCGUUAACCAUUCCGAGUCACCCCCGUUGAGGUCUUUGUCAUUUGUAUGGGAUUACAUAACAGAGAGGGCCCUGUACUCACUUUUCGCAGUGGAUAGAGUACAGAUGAUGACAAAAUUAUCACGUCAUAUAACCGGAUUAGUCAAGAACACCACUCCACUCCGCUGCGCUUCAGUAGAAACGCUCUCUCAUAUAAGUGGAUACCGGCAGAGUGAACAAGAGUGACUGAACUCUCGGUUUGAUACUUAAUCGACAUCUGUCAAAUAUUAGUUAGAUAUUUGAGCGCGAGUGGUGAUAGUGAAUCAAAGAUUUGAGAAUAUUGGACUAUUUUAAAAGUCCUUGCCACGCUGCCACGAUGGCCCAUGUCACAUACCUAGUCGUUUCAUAGCUUACAUUUGACACCUGAAAGUGUAGGUGAAGCCUCGAGGUUUUGUUACAACUUUCAUAACUGUCGUGAACUGAUACCAGCCUAUUUUUAUUUUUUUGUAUAUCAGCUUUCAGACAGAAACCUUAAACGCUCUAUCUAUUAGAUAAGAAUGAAUGGUACGGACGACACCAAAUAUUAACAAUUCGCUUUCGUUUAAACUAAAAAAAAAAAGUUGUGUGUUAUACGUGUUUUUUUUUUUGUUUUUCUUUUUUGUCAAAAUUGUAGUGUACAACACUAACGGAGUCAUUUUUUAUAAUAAUAACCAGAAUUGGGUGUAAUGAGCCUCGUUUUGAUUAAUACCGAAUGUUUUUUUUUUUAAAUUUGCUUUCCGAAUUAUUUGCAUAACUUUUUUAUUCUGGACCUUAUAUUACAAGUUUUUCUAGCUUUUGCAAUCUUUUUAAAGGUGCUUAACAAUAAAAUCUGCUAUGAAAAUAACCUGCUAUUGAUUUUUUCGUUAAUUCAAUAAAAUAAAAAAACAAGCAAUGGUAUUACUCAGAACGACGCUUUUACCCGAUAUAUUUAGUUUAUAAGAUUUGUAGAAUUGGACCUAACUAUUGUACACAACAAUCAUGUGUAGUGUACUAAAAAUAUAAAUGAAAAUCUUUGCUAUUAAAAGUGCAUAACUUUGUAUUUCUCCCUAUUUUAAAUACUCAACAGAAUUAUAAAUAAGGGCGCGUCUACAUUUUUGAAAAUUAAACAUUCACUCACGUAUGCCAGAUUACGGGAAGUACGCACUGUGAUAUUAUAUCGUUUGAUUUUCUUACGGAUUACUGUAACAUUAUUAUUCUUCAUACAAUUUCCAUAUAAUAUAACAGAAUUCUGCGAGAAAAAUCACGCGAUGAAAUUUCACAGUGUUGAUUUACCCUAAGUGUGAGUUGCAUAUCAGAUUACCGUUCAAGUAAAAUGGAAAAAGCUAAAUGGGUUGCACUCAUUCGUAUUUGUCCUCAUCGAUUCAUAUUCAUGUUCGUAUAAGUACGAUUUGAAAUGGUCGUCUUUCAAAAUGUAAGCACAAGUGUGCACUCAUUUGAUUCGUCUUCAUACAGAUCAGUCUAAAUACGAAUCAAAUGGACAUUUUGUAUGAAAGCCACUUCGAAUAGUAUUUUUACGAAUGUCAAUAUGAAUCGAAUACGAGUGUAUGCACACGCCAUAAGGGUAAAAUUUUGAUACGACCCUUGAAUUACGUAAAAUAACAAAAAACACUCUUUAGUUUUUUAUGGUCAAGAUCUUGGACAUCGGCAAAAUUGGAAACGCUGGCAAUAUACGAUCAAGUUUGCAGGGCACUUUAAGCGGUAGCUCGAUUCCAUAAAACCUGCAUCAAUCAUUAUUACAAUCGCAAUCGUUGUUAUUGACUUUUAUGGUAUUGUUGUCGCAACAAUAGUGAGCGAGCGUCAACCAAUCAGAGGUGAUUGCGAUCGUGACAUUGUAACUGUCAUUCAACCGCAAUCGAGCUGCGUAGUCAGUAAACUUGACGAUAAACUUGAUCGAUUGCCUUUACUUAUCCGUCUCAUAUGCAAUUGUUUCUAAGUUGGCAGAUGUUUGUGAUUGUUAUAUAAUAUGUAGAUGAACCUUAAGUAACUAAACAGUCAAUUUCAGUCCGUACGCAGUGUUGGUUUUUUUUUUGUAUAGAAUAAUAGCUAGUGUCAAUCUACUUAAACAUUGUUUAAUUUAAUUCUAACAUAAAGAUUACUAUCUCGUAUAUUUUGCGUCGAUUAACCAUAUUAAUCCAUAAUCAUAUAGGUUAGGUCCAUAAUAAUUAUGAUUAAAAGAAGAGUUAUUUAUAAAUAGAGAAAAGAUAUAAUAUAUUGAAUGCACUAUGUAAAGAUAGACUGAUAUUGUUUACACGUUUAUUUCGUAAGUGUUCAUUGUAACCUGUACUUUAGAAUUAAAUAUCAAAUUGUGUGAUCUA